AGGACCAAUUCAUGCUUGCCUUAAAUCGUUGUCUUGAAAAGAGUGCAGUGAGUGGAAAAGAAUAAGCUUUUAGAAUAAAAAUAGUUGGCUAAGCUAAGCUAGUUAGUGCAAGAAGCUAGCUAGCUAUAUAUCGACAGAAAAUGGUCGGGGGAGAGAGUGAGAAGAAGAUGAAGCAAACUCAAUCUGCAUCAAACACCCUGUUGAAUUACUUUCAGAAAAGCCCAGUUACUUCAUCACCAAAAGCUUUGGAGGAGAAACAACAUGUUGAUGUUUUAUCAGAUUCAGAUACACCACCACAAAGAAAACCUGGUGGAUGGAGGGCUAUGCCUUAUAUCCUAGGAAAUGAAACGUUUGAGAGAUUGGCAGCUUUUGGUUUGCUUGCUAACUUUAUGGUUUACCUGACAAGGGAGUAUCACAUGGAGCAAGUUUCAGCUUCAAACAUCAUAUACAUAUGGUCUGGUGUAACCAAUUUUGCACCUUUAGUUGGUGCUUUCAUUUGUGAUGCUUAUGCUGGUCGCUUCAGAACUAUUGCUGUUGCAUCUUUCUCAUCUCUUAUGGGAAUGGCAACAAUGACAUUAACAGCUUGGAUUCCUCAGCUUCAUCCACCACCAUGCACCAAACAACCACAAUCUUUAGGCCAGUGCAAGAAACCAAGCCAAUCCCAACUGGCUUUUCUUCUAAUGGGUUUGGGUUUUUUGUCAAUAGGAAGUGGGGGAAUUAGACCCUGUAGUAUUCCAUUUGGUGUUGAUCAGUUUGAUCCAACCACAGAUGAAGGAAGAAAAGGAAUCAAUAGCUUCUUCAAUUGGUACUAUACCUCAUUUACUAUAGUCCUUUUGAUCACUCAGACACUUGUGGUUUACGUCCAAGAUAGUGUGAGCUGGGUUUUGGGUUUUGGCAUACCCACUAUGCUCAUGUUUUGCUCCAUUAUCCUUUUCUUCUGUGGAGCAAAUAUUUAUGUUCAUGCCAAGCCAGAAGGCAGCAUAUUUUCCAGCAUUGCUCAAGUUUUCGUUGCGGCUCACAAGAAACGCCGGCUUCCACUCCCGACGGAAUCUGAGUUAGUUGGGGUAUUGUAUGAUCCACCAUUGAAGGGAACUACAGUACUCUCAAAGCUUCCACUCACCAAGGAAUUCAGUUAUUUUACCAAGGCUGCAAUAAUACUGGAAAAUGAAGUAAACCCAGAUGGAACUCCAAUCAACAAGUGGAGGCUCUGUAGCGUUCAACAAGUAGAAGAAGUCAAAAGAAUAAUAAGAAUAAUCCCAAUAUGGACAUCAGGGAUCAUAGGCCUGACGGCCAUGACACAGCAAGGAACAUUCAUAGUCUCACAAGCACUCAAAAUGGAUCGUCAUCUUGGACACAAAUUCCAAGUCCCGGCCGGUUCGAUAAGCGUAAUCUCCUUCAUAACAGUCGGUUUAUGGCUUCCAUUCUACGACCGAGUCUUAGUACCAGCUCUGCGGAAAAUCACCAAACAGGAAGGAGGCAUUACACUGCUUCAAAGGAUCGGUAUCGGGAUUGUAUUUUCGGUUCUAUCGAUGGUGGUAGCCGCAUUGGUCGAAAGGGAGAGAAGGGCUGCAGCCAUUUUGCACCCUCAUCCAUUCGGGCUUGCACCGAUGUCGGUGUUUUGGUUAGCUCCUCAGCUUAUACUUCUUGGUUUCAGUGAGGCAUUCAAUAUUCUUGGACAGAUUGAGUUUUUCAACAGGCAGUUUCCGGAGCACAUGAUGAGCAUUGGGAAUGCACUAUUUUCUUGCUCUUUUGCUUUUGCUGGUUACUUGAGCAGCUUGAUUGUGACCAUUAUUCAUCAUGUUACAGCUGGUUCACAUGAUCAUCCUGAUUGGUUGGCAAAUGAUAUCAAUGCCGGUAGAUUGGAUUACUUUUUCUUUCUAUUGGCAGGGAUUGGAGUGCUUAACUUUUUGUAUUUUCUUUAUGUUGCUCGUAAGUAUGUUUAUAAAGGUAGUGUACAAGCUGGAGAAGAAAAGUCAUCCUUUGUGGAUGUCGAAUUAAGUUCACUAAAGGCUUGAAGUUAGUUAAUUGUAUAUGAUAUAAUAUAAAUAGCAUUAGUAUUACAAUAGCAUUAAAUAAAUGAAAUUUUCUGUUUCUAUUUUC